AUGUCCGGCUCUUCCUCCACUCUUCUCUCACGCCUCGUCUCCUCCGCAAGCACAGCUCUCCUCCUGCUCUUCGUCGCCAGACCGAUACCUGCUGCCCCCGCUCUGAACUGGAACAUUGAGAUUUGGAACGAGCCUGCUCCGCCGCCUGACCAAGGCCCGCCAUUCUCCGCCGGUGCCAUUCGAGAUAAAAGCCUGCUGUGGCGAGAGAUUGUUGUGAUCCUUGGGGUGUACCUGACGAUUGCCUCUCUGUUCCUGGGCGGUCUUCUGACGGUGGGCAGACGGCUUCGACGGAACGCACAACAAUCCAACCAAACGCUGGAGAUGGAGAUGCUUAAGCCGCUGCGGCCGACGGUCAAUACUACUAGCUCGAUGCAGACCCCGCAGACACCCCAGAAUACCUGGCCCAGUCCCAUGAGUGGUGCAGACAGCAAUAAUUGGCCCAGCCCACAAAAGGGCAAACAGCGGUCCUUUAGUUUGCCAUGGUCGAGAGGGCAAACACCCAUCUCCCGUGCGGGAAGCGUAUCGACAGUGGACGAGAAUGUUGUCAAGGCUGACCGUCUCAAAGCUCAAGAAGAAAUGGAACGCUUAUAUGCGGCGGUUAUGGAACACGACGAGCAGCAGCAGGAGGCCAAAUCAAACGGUGGCUUCUCACCUGCAAGAUCACCUCGCCCUACAGUUCCGCCUCUUGAAGGUCCCCCGGAGUUCAGACAUCUCAGACAACGCCAGCAGUCAUUCCAAACUCACUCACCAGUAUCGCCCCUAUCCCCACUAUCACAAGAACUGCCCUCCCCAGUUUACACGGAAGCCCACAUGCAGCAAUUACAGCAAAAGCACAUGCAGCCAUUGGCGUAUCGGGAGACCCCGGAUUCGCAAGAAGUUCCACCAUCUCCACGCAGUGAUAGGUUCUCCAGACUCUCCGCCCUUUCUUUCCUAAGCUCCCGAUCUCGAGGCCCCAAGAAACUGCGGCGAGACUCGGUUCGCAACCUUCCAAUCUCACCUCCUAUUUUAUCUCCGGAACCAAAUCCGCCCAGUAACUCCGAAAACCAGCCCCUUUCACCACGUAUCUACCACCCAGGCCCACCACCUCUCAAUCCCAUGCAACAACAACAGCAGCAUAUGAAAGGCAAAUCUAAACCCCCGCAUUACGAAAAACUACGCAACACCUCCGUCGAUAGCACAUAUAGCGUCCCUCCACCUCUCCACCUUCGCAGUGCCGGAAGCAGCACUUCCACACUUCCCUUCCGUGUCGCUUUCAACAAUGCUCCUAUGAGCGCUCCACCCACCAAGACAACCAUUGUUGAAAGGCGAGAAAGCAUUCUUGGCCCGUUAGGCCCCCGAACAGGCAUCCCUCAAACUCCUUACAGCCCCUAUAUGCCCUUCACUCCAAUCACGCCGCUUACUCCAAGCCGGAUGAUCACAAGAACGGAGCGAAAGAGAAUGGAAAAGAAAAACGGGAUGCAAGUGCAGACCCAGGCAGACAUGGUAAAGGCCGAUAAUGAGAUGUGGGGAUCAUAA